AUGGCACGAACUGCGAAUGGAUUCCAUCGUGGAAGAGAUCCGUACUUUGACCCAACGAACUUCGAAAAACUCGAUGAGGAGGACAAAGAGCAAGUUUGUCAGAUCCCACUGUCGCAGCCAACAUUUUUCAUGACCCUCCUGACAAUUUGGACAUUCACAGUUGUGGCUGACAUACGCAAGGCGAUCGACACCUGGGUCCGGAUUGCCAUAAUCACGCCGACCAUCCCCUCCAUGAAGGAUUCCAUGGAACCUGCAGAGGGCUCGGAGGAGGAGUUUGUGGUCGUCGGCCUGACCGCACUUGUCAAAGGCAUCCUGACCGUCGUCCUUUUCCUGCCUCGAUUGAUCGUGGAUUCUUACUUGUUGUGGUUGGGCUGUCGCUGGCUGACCGCAACUCCGAGCUUUGAGGACGUGAUUCUGAACGCGGUCGCUUUGGAGUUCAUUCUUGUGCUGAACAAUGUGAUCUUCAGCACGGUGGUGCCGCUGCAGAGCGUGGUGGACACCAGAAACACGCAAAUCCAGCCGCGCGAGAAGGAAGUGCAGCCGACGGCAAAGAGCGUGCUGUCGGCUUUCGCAUGGGGGAUUGCAUCGAUGGUGUGGGUCCUCUUGUACAUGUACUUGCUGCAGGCCGUGUUGCCCCAGUACCGCUGGGACGUGCGCGAUGUUUGCAUUGAUUUCCUCGCCUCGAAGAGCGUUGGUGGACCUUUUGAUCCGCGAUGGAAGCCUUCCUAA